AUGUCAGACCGCGAGUUCAACUCGACGGUCCAGAAAAUCAUCACGGAGAUCCUCCCUCCCAGCUCUGGUCAAACAUUCUCCAAGGAUGCGCGUGACCUGCUGAUGGAAUGCUGUGUCGAAUUCAUUACCUUGAUUUCCUCGGAAGCCAACGAUAUCAGCGAGAAAGAAGCCAAGAAGACCAUCGCCUGCGAACAUGUGGAGAAGGCCCUGCGGGAUCUCGGAUUCAGUGAUUAUAUUGCCGAUGUACUUGCCGUUGCUGAAGAACACAAGCAGCAAUUGAAGUCACGAGAGAAGAAGCAGAGCAAGAUGGAACAGAGUGGUCUCACAGAAGAGGAGCUUCUUCGGCAACAGCAGGAGCUCUUCCGAUCUGCAACCGACAAAUAUAAUUCCGUGCCGGAAUAG